AUGCCUUUUCCCUUCCAAAUCAGCGAACAUGUGAUUGAUGGACAGUAUAUUCGAGAAUAUCCACGCGCGACAGCUGCUCCUGAUAGCCCGCUAAAGCUUUGCAUUAAACAAUAUACCCCGAUCGAUAAUCCCAAUCCCCAACCAGGCGAUGUCACCAUUGUCGCUACCCAUGGUACUGGGUUUCCUAAGGAAUUGUAUGAGCCGCUCUGGGAAGAGCUGCUAGCACGUUCCAAGCAGCAUGGCGUUCGCAUCCGAGGAAUUUGGAUGGCGGAUGCUGCCAACCAGGGAGCAAGUGGAAUCUUGAAUGAAGACAACCUCGGAAAUGACCCUUCUUGGCACGAUCAUAGUCGUGAUGUGGUGCAUAUGAUCAAUCAUUUCCGAGAUCAGAUGCCUCGCCCGAUCAUCGGCGUUGGCCACAGCCUGGGUGCGGUGCAGCUCUUGUUCGCAUCCUUAUUCCACCCGCGAUUGUUCACUUCACUGGCACUUAUUGAACCACACAUGACAGACAACCCCUUAGCGGGUGAUGGCCCACUAUUUGUAGCAAUGUCGACUGCCAAGCGAGAUGUGUGGCCUUCUCGGGAAGUUGCCGCGGAGAAGUCCCGCAAAGUUCUGAAAGCAUGGGACCCGCGAGUGUUCGAGCUUUGGAAGAAACACGGAUACCGCGAAUUGCCUACUGCUCUUCACCCAGAAACACCCAAAGAUGGAAGCAGCCCUGUGACGUUGACCACCACGAAGCAGCAAGAGACUAUCAUGUACACUCGACCGAACGUCAACAGGCACGUUCACUUGGGUGUUCCUCACGAUCAAGCCCAUACAGAUCCUGAUUCAAUCAAGGCCAGUACGGCCCAUGAUCCCCUCGUUGCCCCUGAUGUGUUGGGUCCGCUACUCCCAGAUCAAAAAUCGUAUCGCCCGGAGCCAAUCCUGGCGUACAAGUUAGUACCGCAUAUCAGGCCCUCAGUGCUGUAUAUUAGUGCCUCUCACAGCCCACUGGGGAAGGGAGGCCAGCAUGCGGAGGCUGCAAAGCAAACGGGGACCGGGUUCGGUGGCAGCGGGGGUAUGGAUUGCGGACGUGUCAAACUCGUCACGAUACCCAAGGCGGGUCACACUUUGCCACAAGAAAAGGCGGUUGAUACUGCGCAGGUUCUGGGCCCGUGGAUCGAGCAGGAACUUCAACGUUGGAGCCAGGAUGAAGAGAGAAUCUAUGGAGGUUGGAGAGAUCGCCCCAUUAGUGAGAAGUCCAAUUUCCCUAAUGAGUGGAGAGAGGUUAUUGAAAGCCUGCCUCUACCAAAAAGACCUGCCAAGAUGUGA